AUGGGUUCCUGUUUCCCUAAACAGAGAGAACGCCGUAAGGCGAUCUCAACGGAGAGGAAAACGAUGCGUGAUCUUCAUCAAAGCUGUGGUGAGGACUUUCCAGCUUGUGCCCUUAGGCCUACAGAUAGAAAAAAUUGGAUGGCAGGCCUCAACCCUGAGAAGAUUCACAUACACAAGAUUUUAUGGCCAGGAACACAUGACUCUGCAACCAACAAGAUUGGAUUUCCAUGCAUAACUAGGCCCUUUGCACGAUGCCAAACUCUGUCCAUCUACCAACAGCUUGUCAUAGGCACCAGAGUGCUUGACAUUCGGGUUCAAAAGGAUCGUCGCGUCUGCCAUGGAAUUCUUGUCACAUACAGCAUUGAUGUUGUGAUCAGAGACAUCAAGAAGUUUCUAUCUGAAACAAAGUCAGAGAUCAUACUCCUUGAAAUCAGGACUGAAUAUGGUCAUGAUGACCCUCCUGAUUUUGAGCAGUAUUUGGUGAAUCAAUUUGGGGAGGUUCUCAUCCACCAGGAUGACAAUGUGUUCAACAAGACCAUUGCAGAAUUGUUUCCGAAGCGAAUAAUAUGCGUCUGGAAGCCAAGGAAUUCACCUCAGCCUAAGGCAGGGGGCGUUCUAUGGAGUUCUGGGCACUUGAAGGAUGACUGGAUCAACACGGAUUUGCCAUCGACAAAAUUCGAAAGCAACUUGAAGUGUUUGAGCGAGCAGCCUCCAAUUUCAACAAGGACAUUCUUUUACAGGGUGGAGAACACAGUGACACCUCAGCCUGAUUACCCUAUUGUGUGUGUGAAACCGGUGACCGGUCGGAUUCAUGAGUAUGCAAGGCUGUUUAUUACUCAGUGCUUCUCUAGAGGUAUUGAAGAUAGGUUGCAAAUCUUCUCUACUGAUUUUAUAGAUGAGGAUUUUGUUGAUGCAUGUGUUGCUGUUACAUAUUCAAGAAUUGAACGGAAAGCCUGA